GUUCAUAAACCUGGAAAUCUGCAAGCCAAAGACGUGGGUAACACUAUUACUCCUUGAGAUUUCGUAUACACGCUCCAUCUUUCAUCAAAGAUAGAAGAUUUGUGCUACUUAAAUCCAAAAAAAGAUUACUAUUAUUUUGACUCGAUCAACAGAGAUCCAUCAAAACUCACUGUUACUUACCACUUCUGUUUUUCACAACGAGCUUGUACAGAACGUUGAAUUGAAGGCCAAAUAGACUUCAAGAUGCCUAUAAAGCCAUUUUUUCCAUUCAACCAGGACCAUCCAAGCUUUCCUGCUGAAAUGCGCUCCUGUCAGAAAAACUUCUCAUCAAGGGAAGCGGCGAUAGGAGCUAUCCCUAUUUUACAAGAUUAUCGAAUGAACCACAGAGAAAUCUUCGAGAAAGGAUGCCGCAAAGCCUUUUCUGGGUUUUUCCGUUAUGGAUCAAAGGACUUUUGUCUUGUCGAAAACAUGAAUCCUGGCCUCCUCCCGGAUUUCUUUUUUGAGAUCAGACAUAGUACCAAUCCCUCGGAAUACGCAGAUAUUACAGCUGCAACUCGAGGCAUUCGCAAUUCGACCAAGUUCUUCUUCGUCAGCUGCAACUAUCAUGACCCAGAGCAUGUUAUUGUUCGCACAUAUGCCAAGCUUCGGAACUUCGAUUGGGAUAACCAGUCGCAGAUUGAUGAUCUGAAUCUCUUUAGGAUUGCAGCUAUUACAGAGGGUUGUGGUAUCAUUGCUUUUACUGAAGACGGCAAAAUACUUCUUCCUCCACCUGAGACGAAAUCGACGGUUGAAGUAACACCUGAAGAGCAAAGUUCAAAGAAGCGGAAGGCGUUCAAUUUCGUAGAGUCUUCGUUUAAUGACAUGCAAAAUGAUACAAGCGUCUCAAACAGCUCUGAGGCACAAAGUAAUGUUGCAGCGCAAGAUUUGCAAGCACAUCCGUCGGCACCACCAUCUCAACCAACUACAUCCAUAUCUCAGGUUGAUGAGUGGAUUCGUUUUGCCUAUUACAGAUAACCUAUGAGGGGCGGAGUUCGGGGAGCACUGGGCGUUGGGCAAGGGCCGCAGAGUCUUGUACAAGCCGGAGGGCAUGUGUCACAACCACCCGCUCAAGCAUAUCGCAGUCAUGAAGCAUUACACCAAUUUAACUAACGACAUGUCAUGAACCAAGGCCAAGAUCCAGGAUCUGGAAUGCAGCGACAGGGUCCGUGGUAUAACCAGAGAAGCCCAUCACAAUCCACAAGCCAAGUUUAUGGAACGUAUCAACAACAUGGCCAAGGCCAACAAAACCUUACCCAGAUUUCACUUGAUUCUCCUCACGAACCCAGUCGAUAUGCCACUCAACAUGCCCAACAAAGCUCUGUCCAAAUCCAAACCGAAAGAUACGGGGGCCCUCAGCAGGCACAGCAAGAUAAUAGUGAAGGCGCA